AUGGCAACGGUAGGUGCGGGCACUGGCGCAGUAGGCCCGAUUGGUGGCGAUGCAUGCACGGCAGAUGUGGGCGCAGCAGGCGCGUCAGCAGCAAGCGUGAGUGCGGUUGCAGUAGGUGAGGACGCAGGUGCAAGCAUGGGCACCGCUGGUGCAGCCGCGCAAAGCAUGUGCGCAGCCGUGGCAGGCACGUCGGCAGCAGGCGUAGGCGUAGCAAGUGCUAGUGCGAGCGCGACGGUAGGCUCAGGUGGGGCAACGGGGCCGCCAGGCGGGCUGCUAGAGAGGGGUGGGAUGGGGGCCAGGCGGCACGACGGGGCCGCCAGCGCACUGCCUGCCCUGGCUCUCACAGUCUUCCCCGCACUUGCUGCCCCGCGCUCUGCCCGCCUUGCACUGCCCUGCGCGUGCAGCCCGCCCUGCGCUACUCGCCCCGCGCGCUACUCGCCUCGCGCUGCUCGGCCCGCGCUACCCACCAAGUCCCGUCCUCAGCAAUCCACCCUUCCUACCGCGCAUAUUACCAUCCCGCGCCUUCCCUCUUCAUCAUGCCUCCUCCUCCUCGCGUCUCCAACGGCCGCGCGCCUAGUUCCGCCUGAAGCGCGCUCUGCCGUCCCCCCCGUCCCCCUCCCGUCGCGCACGCAUUGCGCGCCUACCAAUGCGCGCGCUUCGCACCGUCCAGCAGCAUGCGCGCCUGCCUUUCAUCCUCGCCCCACUUGUCAUCCCUGUACACCUCCCCGCGCUCUACUGCACGCCAUCGAACUACCUCUCCGCACAAUCUGCCCCUUCACCCUCCUCCUCCUCUCCUAUCCCCCUUCCUUCCCCCUCCCAAUGUCACUCUCUCCUCCGCCUCUCUCUCCUCUCCUCAACUACCGCAGCUGGUUGCCGCCCUUGUUCUGCUACCUUUUAUUCAUCAAAACAUACCCUUCCACCACCAUCCGCCCCUUCACCCUCCUCCUCCUCUCCUCUCUCCCUUCAUUCCCCUCCCCAUCCCCACUCUCUCCCUUCGCCUCUCUCCUCUCGAUUGCCGACUUGCUUCAUAGCCUUGCUAAUCAAGACCUACCCCUCCUCACAUCCGCCCCUUCACCCUCCUCCUCCUCUCCCUCUCUCCUUCAUUUCCCUCCCCAUCUCACUCUCUCCUCCACCUCUCUCUCUCCUCUACUGCUGCAGCUGGUUGCCGACCUUGCUUCGUAG